AGGGCGCCCCAGCCCCGCGCUGACGGCCCCGGCGGCGGCGGGAGCGGCGCGGGGACGGAGCAGCAGCGCGCAGCCCUCAGCCCGCGCCCCCACCCAGCGCCAGCCAGAGCGGGGAGGCGGUCCUCGGCCUCCCGGGUCUCCGCUCCGGGAAGCUGCUCCGAGCCCGGGGCUUCGGUGACCAUGCAGGCUUCCCCGGCCGGGAGCCGCGGACAGCCGCCCGGCAGAGGCUCGGAUGCAAAAGUUAUUUGGUCGCGGCUGUCGCCGGCGGAGGACUGGAGCCGGAGAGGGGCGUGUGCUGUUGCUAAUGAGUCCUCCCCCCUCUUCCCCGUGAAAGACAAGCCAGACUCUUGAGUACCUGCAUGGGCUGAGCCGAAGUCCCCGAACUUCACAAUAAGUUGCCAAUGGCUACCAGCCAAGGGCAGCCGGCCCCGCCUCGUGCCCGUCCCCACAAGAGCAGAGCCAAAUAAGCUUCUCCCCAGUUAGCACCUCGGUCGCUUUUGGAUGGUCCGGCCCAGCCUCACGGGCGCUGCCACUGGAAGUCCGCGCGAGAAGAAAUCUCUUUUAUUGGCCUGAGAUGCCGCGCGCAGCCCCGGGGAGGCACAUGUUGGCAGCGAGCACGUCCACCCCCUGAUUUUUAUUUCUUCUUUACGACACAGGCCCGAGGGCCGCGCUGCCGGUGGCGCUGGGCACAUCACCCGUGACGGGCCCUUCGGAGAGCUGGCCUGCGUGGAAGGACCAAAAUCGAAGGCAAUCCGACCCGGCCCCAUGCCAGGUCCCCGUGGGCUUCCUCCCUAUCCCAUUUCCACCCUCUGUCACAAUUUGAGAGCCUGCCUGACUCGAUCACGUUCGCCUCUGGGGGAGGUGCGAUGCCAAGGUCAGGAGGACGCCGAGUCGUGGGCCACUUUCUGACCUGCCCGUCGGCAGCCUGAGAGACGCCGGGGCUGGGUUUUCCGUGCCGGCCUCUCGGAAAGAGCGGGCCCCUCGCCGUUCCCCCCCUCGGCAGCCGCGCUCGCGUCCCCGGGACACCUGGCUCCUGUCGCCCGGCAGAUGUGGCCUUUCCAUGCCGGGGCCGCCAGUGCCGCCUGACCCAGCCGCUGCUUCUCCGGGGCCUCGCCGCGCACUGCACAGCCAUGCUGGGCCUGCUGGCCCUGCUCCUGCCCUGCCUCCCGCUGGCCUCGGGGGACUAUGACAUCUGCAAGUCCUGGGUGACCUCGGAGGAGGGCCCCACCUGGGAGUUCUACGCCUGCCAGCCCAAGGUGAUGCGCCUGAAGGACUACGUCAAGGUGAAGGUGGAGCCCUCGGGCAUCACGUGCGGAGACCCCCCUGAGAGAUUCUGCUCCCACGAGAACCCCUACCUGUGCAGCAACGAGUGCGACGCCUCCAACCCCGACCUGGCCCACCCGCCCCGGCUCAUGUUCGACCGGGAGGACGAGGGGCUGGCCACCUACUGGCAGAGCGUCACCUGGAGCCGCUACCCGAGCCCGCUGGAGGCCAACAUCACCCUCUCGUGGAACAAGAGCGUGGAGCUGACGGACGACGUGGUGGUGACCUUCGAGUACGGCCGGCCCACCGUCAUGGUCCUGGAGAAGUCCCUGGACAACGGGCGCACGUGGCAGCCCUACCAGUUCUACGCGGAGGACUGCGCGGAGGCCUUCGGCAUGCCCGCCCGCCGCGCGCGCGACCUGCCGGCCUCCGGCGCGCACCGCGUGCUCUGCACCGAGGAGUACUCGCGCUGGGCGGGCUCCAAGAAGGAGAAGCACGUGCGCUUCGAGGUGCGGGACCGCUUCGCCAUCUUCGCCGGCCCCGACCUGCGCAACAUGGGCAACCUGUACGCGCGGCUGGAGAGCGCCAAGGGCCUCAAGGACUUCUUCACGCUCACCGACCUGCGCCUGCGGCUGCUGCGCCCGGCACUGGGCGGCACCUACGUGCAGCGGGAGAACCUCUACAAGUACUUCUACGCCAUCUCCAACAUCGAGGUCGUCGGCAGGUGCAAGUGCAACCUGCACGCCAGCCUGUGCUCCGUGCGCGAGGGCAGCCUGCAGUGCGAGUGCGAGCACAACACCACGGGCCCCGACUGCGGCCGCUGCCGCAGGAACUUCCGCGCCCGGUCCUGGCGGGCCGGCUCCUACCUGCCGCUGCCCCACGGCUCUCCCAACGCCUGUGCUGCUGCAGGCUCCGCCGUUGGCAAGUGGAUCAGGCCAUGGACGGGAGCCCCCCCAGGGGAGAGAUCCCCCUGGCCCCAGGGGUCCUCCAGUACACAAGCUGUGGGCACCUUCACCGCUGCCCCCACCCCCGCCAAGGCCUCCAAGCCUUCCCAGCUCAGGCCCAAAUCUCCUCAAGUGGUGCCUGAUGGAGAGUUCCCAGACUGCGAGUGCUACGGCCACUCCAACCGCUGCAGCUACAUCGACUUCCUCAACGUGGUGACCUGCGUCAGCUGCAAGCACAACACGCGAGGCCAGCACUGCCAGCACUGCCGCCUGGGCUUCUACCGCAACGGCUCGGCUGAGCUGGACGACGAGAACGUGUGCAUCGAGUGCAACUGCAACCAGAUCGGCUCCAUGCACGACCGGUGCAACGAGACCGGCUUCUGCGAGUGCCGCGAGGGCGCCGCGGGACCCAAGUGCGACGACUGCCUCCCCACACACUACUGGCGCCAAGGCUGUUACCCCAAUGUGUGCGACGACGACCAGCUGCUCUGCCAGAACGGCGGCACCUGCGUGCAGAACCAGCGCUGCGCCUGUCCGCGCGGCUACACCGGCGUGCGCUGCGAGCAGCCCCGCUGCGACCCCGCAGACGAGGACGGGGGCCUGGACUGCGACCACGCGCCGGGGGCCUCACCGCGCCCCACCACCCUGCUCGGCUGCCUCCUGCUGCUGGGUCUGGCCGCCCACCUAGGCUGCUGAGCCCACCGGAGGACCCGCGGCCCGCGAGGGCCGGUCUGCGAGCUCUGCGCCCUAGGCCCUGCGCCCCGGGGGCCGGGCGACGAGAAGGGUGCGGCCCGAGCUGCUCCCAGGUGCUACUCAGCGGAGUCCUCCGCGCUCCUCCCAACCCCCUCCGUGGCACCUGCCCCCGCCCUGGCGCUGCAGCAGGGGGCGCCGAGGGGUCCUGACCCCAGCGGCCUGCUAUUCUGGUCUUAGUUUUUCUACGUCCCGCAGCCCCUCUCCUUAUAUUUUUUUUGCUGGCGGUGAGACCAAGGGCGGAGGGAAACGCUGCUCGCCCAGCACCGCAGGUCCACACACACAACUGUUGCGGACACCCCGCGCCCGUCCCUGGCUCGCCCUCGGCCGGCGGACCGGAAGUCCAGCUGCGACACCUGCAGCGGCUGACUGCGCCCUACAUUCCUUCUCCGUUCUCCUCUGCAGCCCACCGGACGCCAGGCGGGAACCACGCCCGGGCCCGGGAGCUCUUGUCCGGGGGAGGGAGGAGGAGGAGAGCUGGGGGCGGGGGGCGCUGGAAACUCCGUUUUGUAGAGAACUAUUUUUGUUCGUGUUAACCGUCCCCUGCAGGGAGGGGCAGGAGCGGGGCGCCGGUCACCGCGGCGUGGUUGAUGGUGUGUAACUGCACAGAGUAAAGGUCUGCUCGCUGCUGCCUCC